AUGUGCAAGGGAUAUCAUAUUAUUCCAAGAAUUAGGCAUCAACAUUUGGAUCAUGACAAAUGUAUGACAAUGUUGGCAUCAGCAGGAAUAUAUUUGGUUCUAGACGUCAACUCCCCCUUGAGCAACCAUCAUUUGAAUCGUUACGAACCUUGGACUAGUUACAAUUUGUUUUAUUUUGAAAAUGUAUUCAAAAUAGUUCAGCAAUUUUCUUUCUACAACAACACUUUGGGAUUCCUUGCCGGGAAUGAAGUUAUAAAUGACCCCAUAUCAGCAUCAGUGUCAGCACCGUAUAUCAAAGCAAUCAUUAGGGAUAUUAAACAUUAUGUUAGCAUCAAUUCACCUCGACCUAUACCAGUUGGAUAUUCAGCAGCUGAUGAUUUGAAUUAUCGAAUCCCCUUGGCUAAAUACCUUGAAUGUGCUGAUAACAAUUUGAUGGAAAGCGUCGAUUUUUAUGGUGUCAAUUCGUACCAAUGGUGUGGUGAUCAAACUUUUUACAGUAGUGGAUACAACAUCUUGGUUAAUGAUUACAAGGGCUAUAGCAAGCCGGUGUUUUUCUCCGAGUAUGGUUGUAAUGAAGUGUUACCGAGAAACUUUGACGAAGUUCCUAUAUUGUAUACAAAUGACAUGAUUGAUGUCUUCAAUGGUGGAUUAGUUUAUGAAUUCACCCAAGAGGCAAACAACUAUGGCUUGGUGGAGAUUUUACCCAAUGGCGAUGUCAAGUUGUUGCGAGAUUUCUUGCAGUUAAAACAUAAGUUUGAGUCAAUACCAGAGUUGGAUUAUAAUUUCAUUGUUGAAGCAAUGAAAGAAAAUGCAAAGGAGAUUCAAAUGCGAAUUAAGCAAUCUCAAUCAACAGUACCAAAAUGUGAAGUACUGUACCAAAAUUUGGACAUAUCAAGGGGAGUUCCUGAUACAAUUGUUGAUAUUAUGAUUGACACUGGUGUUAAUGUUGAACGAGGUAAAUUUGUGCAUUUGAACAAGAGUGAAAUGCAGACAAAAAACAUCUUUUACCAACCAAAUGGCGAGGUGUUCAAUACAGUCUAUGAAAUUGAUGUUGUGGUUGAUUUUGAGAUUGAUGAUGAAAAUAGCAAUGACAAGCAACGGCUGCACAAAAGUGGUACGUAUAAUCCGCAAGAUGUGAAUGAUGAUCCACCCAAUGGAAAGGAAAAAGAAUCGCUACAAUCAAUUGACCCUAAUCCAGAGACUCAUAAAGAGUCCCCCCUGAGCGAACCAGACCAAGACGACACAAAUGAACACGAUGAAGAAAAACCAAAUGUCAUUGUUGAGACUUUCCACAAGGUUACAGAUUCAGUCAAAAAUUUCUGGGCUAGCAUAUUCACUUGA